AUGCCAAUGGGCAGAAAGUACACGCCGAUCGGCUCGUCCACGCAGCGACAGCAUCAGAAGCGAAGCCUCAAGGAAGGUAUCCUCCUCUCCUCGCGUCGCCGAAUUCUCAUGGUGCGGUACCUCUCUGAGCAAAGAGCCGAGCGGAAGGCUCGACGAAAGGUCUCCAAGGAGGCGCGACGGCGGCAUCAGGAUUGGGGAGAAGAUCGAUUGAUGCAUGCAAGGCUGCAGCGGAGUCCGCUGGCCUUGUGCUGCCGUCAAGUUGCACACUGCUUGGUCGGAGAGCCUGCAGCAGACACGGAGGGCACCUUCCUCAAACGCGAACAGGCAGCUUUCGAACAGUUUGUUCGGCUGUUGAUGCGGGCUUCAUCUGCAGUUGCAGACGCGGGGGAGCAGGUGGACUAUUCUAUUCGACGGCGCCGCCAUAGCAUGGCGCAUGUGCCCGACGAUGAAGAUGCCACGAGCAUUCGUAUGCAAUACAGCUUCACAAAGAUCGCGCAAGUGUGA